GCGUAGCUAUUUACUGCUGUUUGUAAUUUGUGUUGAUAAAUCUACAAACGAUCUGAUUUCAAGUUCUAAAGAUGUGGUACUUAAGAGCCGAGAAUGACGAAAGAGUAUUGUACAUUACCCCUGAAAAAAGGGAAGUGAUUAUAGGCCGAAGUCCUGAUAAACAGAUAUGUAGCUUUCCUAUAAUUGAUGAUUCGUCGCUGAGCAGGCGACAUGCUUCUUUAACGCUGUCUUCAAAUAAUUGUUUAUUUGUGCAAGAUUUGGAUUCCAAGUAUGGUACGUUCAUUAAUGAUUGCACCGAAAAACUGACUACUAAAGUUCAACUCAAAUCUGAUGAUAUUGUGAAAUUGGGAAAGCUUAAUUGCAUUUGGCGGGUUUACAAUCUUGAGCUGGUAACAUGUACAUCAACAUUUAAAAAAGAAAAUCUUCUCCACCUCAAAUCUAUUCUGGAUAAAAUAGGAGGGCAACUAAAAAAUGAAUGGGAUGAUAGUUGUGGUUAUUUAACCAUGCCAGAAUUGACUUUAACUAUAAAAGUUGUUUUUGCACUAGUUCAAGGAUCGUAUAUAGUAACCACUGAGUUUUGGAACAAAUGCCUUGAAUCUAUACAUAACCUUUCAAUUCCACCAGACCCUCAAUUAUUUACUCCUGAAAUUAUAGAAACAACAUUGAACAGAGAAAUUGUUUCAUUUUUGCCUAAUGAUAAAAGAAAGAGUUUAUUUUUGGGAAUAAAGUGUGUUUUCUUUUCUAAACGACAGUUUGAGACGUAUAAAAAAGUCCUAGUUAAAAGUUCUGCAGAACCUUUGUUGUUGAGCGAGUCAAAACUAACAAAAGCUUCACUCUGUGAGCCAGAUUUCAUAGUCAUACAAUAUAAUAUAUCAAGUACAAGUCAAGAAACACAAGCUCAAAAAAACCAGAUGUUAGAAAUCAUUUCAUAUUUAAAAAGCAAGGGUAAAAGAGUAAUUCCUGAUGCAGAAAUUGGAUUAGCCAUACUUUAUUGUUCUUUAAAUAAAUAUUGCAAUCCUGACUUCAAUAUUUCUAAUGAAAUACUUAAACAAACAGAUCAAAAUAAGAUUACUAACAUUUUGGCACCAGAGUCUCAAGAAAUAACAAAUAUAAACAAAGAAGAACAAGUACUUCUCAAUGAAACAUUAGAAGUCACAAAUAGUUUUAAGAGAAAGUUAAGUGAAGUAAGCAGUUAUACCCAAAGCAACAAGAAAUUUGCUUCUGGGACUAACAACAUUGAAAAUGAUAACUGUAACAAAAGAAAAACUGAACAUCAAGAAUUUGAUGAUGUACAGAAUCCUCCCAAGAAACUAGCCAUGGAAAUGAAUUCAUCUGAAAAUGAGCUAUUCAACUUUGUAAAUCCUACCAAUAAAAAUAACAGCAAAACAUCAGAAAAAAAACUAAAUCUAUCCAAACCAAUGAAACGAAAAGCUGAUGCUGAUACAGACGAUGAUUUAUUCAAUUUUAUAAAAUUUAAUGAUAAUGCAAAAGAGAAUGCAUCAAAACUGUGUAGAUAUGAAGAUAAAGGCGAUGAAGGAAACUCCACAGUGUCUAUUUCAAAUGUCAAGAAAACUAUAACAACAGAGGAAAUAAUUGCUAUGAGAGGAAAGAAACUUGAAGAAUUAAAAAAUUAUACAAAGCCAUAUUCAGAGGUACAGCAUUGGAUUAAAAAAGAAAUAAGUGAUGACCUAAAUCAAAAAAUGAAUGAUCUUGACUUGGGAACCACUGUUGUUACUGUAAAAAGUGAAUUGAUAAUAAAAAAAGAACCCGUAGAAAUGCAGGAACCAGUAUCAUUAGUAAAAAAUUUCAAAAAAUUUAAGAAGGUUUGGCCGGUGAAAAUGAUGGUCACUGUUGUACCAAAAAUAGAAAAAGACAAACAAUUGAACGAUGAAGUAAAUUCUAUGGUUUAUACCCAGGACAAUAACUGAUACCUAAGCCAUUAAGAAUUGAUUAAAUCUAUAUUAUGGAUAUCAUUGUAAAUGUUUUAUAUGUUGUUAAGCAAAAUAAAGUCACAUUCAAUAUUA